AUGUCGGCCGGAACGAGACGACGGCUCCAAGAUGCUCUGAACGCGGGAAAAGAUAUCGAGAGUACCAGGUGAGAACGACAAUAAUAUUACAAGAAAUUUGAUUAUUUUUAACAUGUAACGCAUCAAAUAGUAAUGGCUGCAUAAUGAUAGCUAAACCUCCUCUACAGACGUAUCAAUAUCAAGUAGAUCUGUACACUUUGUAGCCUUUCAUUGCCUUGUAAAAGUAAGCUCAAUAUGCAUAUUUCUGGAGUAAUUCAGCUCACGGCUUGCAUAAGACUUCUUUUAAAAGUUUAUCUCUCACGAUUUGUUACCUUACACUUUAAACUUGAUUACGUUGCUUAUGAAUUUUCAACCAAACUUGCCUUAAACUUGUUGCAAAAUAAUCACAUUUUAUAUGUCCAAGAAAGGUCAAAAAGGGGUCAUUUCUAGAUCUGUUAUGCUGUUAGAAACGAAAGACAUGUUUUGAAGAAUCUUUCAACAUUAUCAUCAUCAAAUUGUAUUGAGUUUUUGGGUAUGCUUCUUAAAAAAGAGAGUAAGGCAAAUGAUAACAAUGUGAUGAUUGAAAAUACUAGAUGAAGAGCUACAGUGCAGAUCGAGUGUGUGUCUUAAGAGUGAUUAAAUUUUUUUAAACAGAUUAAAAGUACAUGCAUGCUGCCAGACAUGUUCUCUAAAAUAAGCUUAAGUAAAUCAUUAUACUGUUAACUACAGAAAAUUCACACAUCACUAUUUAUUAUUCUUGCCCUGGGAGAGAGAGUGACAAUAUGCAUGUAAAAAAGGGUGAUUGUUUCUUGAACCUCAUGUUUGCAGUUUCCAUAGAAACUGUAACACUUUGCAGUCAUGUCAUGUCCGUAGUGUCCGUAAGUAAGUAAUGCAAUAAUUCUGAAGGUCAGAUACAAAAUUUUGUGUGAUUCAGUUUGCAAACAAAGAGAGUCAAUUACAUUCUAUUGAAUGCUUGUCAUUUUAUCAUUCUGUCAGCAAAGUAAAUUUUUUCUUCCAUGCAAGAAGUCACGCUUUAUUUUCUUCAACACAGCAGGCUACAUUUCUUGCGUAUAUGACAAGCUGAUAACAUCGCGAGUGCACAACAGACAAAGCUAUGCUAAAACAGACAACAAAACAUGUGCAACUUGUUUUGCAACAUUGCUGUAAAACAAUUUGAAUAGCGAUGUUCUCAUAUUACCACCCACAUUUGGGCCUGUCUUUGCAACAAAUAAGGCUGCAAGUUUUUUUUCUUGGGUUGUAAACCCACAACAUUGGUAUCCAACUUGUUGCACAUUUUCUAUUCCUGUUUUACCGUACCUUAACAAAAACUGUAAACACUUGCUCUCUUCAGAGCUUUUUGGUGGAAAAAACAUGAUACUUCCCAACAAGGUAGAAGUGCAUGAAAGCAGUAAUAUCCAAGAAUAGAAUGUGGGAAUUAUUUCAGUCUGACUCUUGUUUUUGUUUUUUCCAAUAUUUUGCCCUGAAUUUCAGUGCUGCAGCAAAUGGUGUUUCUAAACUAUCAUCAGUCCAAAUUGAUUUUGGAGAUGUCAUGGGAAUAUAUGGUGUAAAUUUCUCAUACAAUACACAGUGUUUAGUUGCUGGCUGUGGCAAUGGGGCAAUUCAGGUAAUCUAAAACAUAUCAUGCAUUAGGGGGCCAUCUUUGAGUACCAGUUAGCUACUAGUAAUUGCAUUAAAUCUCCUGGUCUCAGACUUUUUGGACAUGUAUUUUGUUGGACCCUCCGUCCGUAAUGGACUAUAUCAAAAGCUGGAUGGACUGGUGCUAUCCACUGGAUAAAUUAACAUCCAGAGGAUAAGUAGGGAAACCAAUAGCGCUAUCAAGUGAAGAGUGCUAUUCAGCUUUUGAACAACUGAGGCCAGUGAACUUGCUUAAAAAGAGGUUUCAGAAGUUUUUAUUGAAGAAUUAUAAUAUUAGGUUCUACUUAUCAGUAAAAUAUAAGAACUUGAAAGAGAAAUGCCUUUUCUAGCAGUGUGCAAAGAAAGUUAUGUCCGAUAGCCCGGGGCUGGUGGAUUUUGCUAUCGGGCUAGUGGAUUUUGUUCUUAACUUGCCUGACGGGCAAGUGCUGUUUUUUGAGAAAAUUCAAAUUACAGAAGGAUUGUAAUCAAUGCUGCUAAUCCAAAAGGGUUUGGGGGCUAGUUGAAAUGACUUGUGGGUUAGUACAUGCUAGCUACAGCUUGCGCGAAUGGCAGGCAGUAAAUCUGACUUUCUUUGCACCCUGUCUAGCAAAAACUGGUGUGAAAUAUUGCAUGACUGCCAACAAAUGAAAACAACAUUCUUACAUGAAGUGGUGGAGACAUUCUCUGUUCAAUAAGUGUACAGUAUUUUAUUUAGAGAUCGUUUUGAGUUGGCUCUGCAAACAUGCAAGUUGAAGUAAAUUCUGUGUUCUAAUUGGCUAUGCAUGCCAAGUGGAUAAGAUGGGCUUAUCUUGACCACUCAGGAUUACCUAGUUUGAAUCUUUUUGUUGGGUGGGGGGAUGUUUUUUAAUUUUGUAAUUUAUUGUGGAUAUAUUGCUGACGAAUGUAAGGUUAGUUUCUCUCCAUUUCAUUGUAAAGGUGUAUGCUUGUGACACGGGGAGGAAGAGACGUCCUCUAAAGCAUGGCUCUCUCUAUGGCUUGCCUAUCACAGCAGUCAAAUUUUUUCCGUAUAAGGAUGACCAAUUGAUAACUGCAAGUAAGUUGGUCUUGCUUUAAGGUUAAUGUAUUGGUGCUGGGAAAGCCUACGUAUCUCCUAUUUUUACACGAGAGUUUAGGAAAAAAUCAACCUUAAAGACCAAAUAUAUUUUUCUACUCAGUUUUUCUUUUUUAAAAACUUGUACUUCUAAGAUAUCUUUGGUGACUAUUGAUUUUCUGUUGAAUCUCUAGGAAAAGGUAAUUGAAAGAUAAAUAAAUAUAUAAAGUAUGAAUCAACUUGAAGCUUAAACAGCUGUAUUUUUUAACUGACUAUGUCAACUAUUUGACUCUAAUAUUCUUGGAGGGUUGUAACAUUUUAUUACGGCUGGUAUUCAGGUGCUGAUGGGACAAUGACAUGUUGGGACCUGGAAUCAUGGAAUGUCUUUAAAACUGUUGAUGAACCUCACAAUGAAAUAAGUGCUUUGGAUUUCUCUCAUGAUGGCAAAAUAUUUGCUACUGCUGGCAAGGUAUUAAAAUAAUCAUAGCAAAGCUGGGUCACAGCUCGACUGAGUCAGUGGACUACCAUAUGCACCUAUAUACUGCUAUAUCAACAUUCUGGGACUGAAACAAAGCAGAUGUCCAGGGGCCCGUUUCUCGAAAGUCCCGGUAACUUUUCAGGCCCGAAAUAAAAUAUUCAAAUCAAAAUGUAAAGAAUAAGAGCGCGGGUCCUGGCAAGCAAACUACUCCAUUUUGUUUCAUUAACUGAUAGUUUUAUCACUUUAGAUGCAAAACUAUUGGAACCUCGACCUCGGAGACAGCUUACCGGGCCUGUUAAUUAUCGGGACUUUCGAGAAACGGGCCCCUGGUCCCCAAAGGCUGGCCAAAUCUCCCAGCAAAAAUUGUCUUUUGAGCCACUAAGCAGCUUUUUACUGGAUUAGAUCCACAUAACAAUUUUGGGGCAUAGUCAGUUGUGUGGAGUUUCAAGGGGUGGAUAAGUUUUAUGGAUGUUUGUCAUCUCAGGGUGGGGUAGGUUUAGGCUGGGGGAUCUUAAAGAUUCAGAUCUGCAAUGGCUGACACCAUAUAAAUGUUUCAAGUGAGAAAAGAUUUCCAAUCUCAUCAGUGAGUAUUUUCAUUAACGUCAACUUUUCCACUUGUCCCAAAAAUUAGUUAAAGAGGUGUCAUGUCAACUGGACCAAAAAUAAGUCAGAUAUUGAAUAUCUUUUUAAUAGUAUUUCACUUUAAUUGUUGUUUGAAAUAUUCUCAGGACAGAAAGAUAAGAGUCUAUGACACAAGCACAUUACAAGUAAAGCUAACAUUUGGAGGAACAGAUGAUCUUGCAUCUACACAGUGAGUGAACUUAAAAGAACAAUCAAUCCCUAGCUUUGUACAUCAAUGAUUCUUUCUGUGCAACAAGUCCUGCCUGUCUUUUACUACUGCCUGGCAAUAUGCUGCUAUAUCUCUGACCCUAUGGCAUAUCUGGUACCCACCAUUUGAAUUUUGUGCCAAAAAAAGGGAUAUCCCUGUUCCCCAAAGCAAAGGUCACCAAAGCCAAGAGGUAAGUGGGUGGGGCUGCCAGACAACAGCAUUGUUUAGUUUGUUCUGUAAUCACCAUUUAGAAGAUGGAGAUGCUUAAAUAUUUAUGUCAAUAUAUCAGCUUCUUUUCACCUGUCUUUUUUUUUUUUUUUUAAUUUAGACAAGGUGGUUUUGCUCCUGAAGCAGGCCAUGGAAGAAAAGUAUUUGCUGUAAGAUUUCAUCCAUUUGAUGACAAUAUAUUUUUAACAGGAGGCUGGGAUCGGUGUAUCAAGGUAUGUACAGAGUCAGAGCUUGUCCAUUUAUUUGUCACCAUUUCUAACAGGUUUUCCAUUUUUGAUCUUUUGAUUUGAACUAGUCUUUGAUAGAUUGUUAUUAAAUUGUUAUGUUUUCACUUAAAGUGUUUCUUUUCUAUCAAAAACUUAAGGGUGAUACAGAGUACCUUUUAUUGUUAGGGUGUUUAUAGUCCAAAAUUACCGUGGUUUAAGUUAUUGUAUUAUAACAAAAAUUAUUAAGAUAUUUUUGCAACAUAGUCUCUGCCAGUGGACAAGCAGUUUACAAAUUCUGCUAAGGACAACCUGAAUUCCCUAAAAUUUUCUGCAAGCCCUGAAAUUAAGGUUUUCAGUCUUCUUUUGAAUUUUCUGAACACACAGUCAUAUUACUUUUUGAUGGGAGUGUCCACCAACAUAUUCCAUAAAAAUAGACAUCUACAGAGGAUUUUCCCGUUGUAGUUGCUUAAAAGAACAGCAACACAUGAAUGAUCUUUUCUGCAUCCAAACUGUGUUAGGGCCUCUUUACGUGUUUACUGGGAUGAAUUUUGCAUUGGGUUCAUAAUGAGAAAUUUCAGUCUGGUUUCUGAGAUGAGAAACAACCAAAGAUCCUGGGGACAAGUUCUGGAACCAAAUUUGAGAAACAAAGCAAACAUGGCGAAACACAAAAGUAAUAUUGUUAUAACUUUCUCGCCUAUCAUAGCUUCGGCAACUCUUUAAGCUGUAUUGCUGCAGUUAAAUGGGAUGCUUAUGAUGUGGAAAAUACAGCAGGCAAUGCCAAGUGAUGCCAUCAUCUGGACCGCCAGAAUUCAUGCAGCUGUCAUCACGGUAACUGGGCUGAAGUGUCCAUGUGGUAAAAUUUCCAGCCCGCUUUACUUAUGACCAAGAUCCCGGUUGGAAAAACUUAGAUCUUGGGAACUGAACCAGCCCGCCCUCUCAUAUGAACACAUUUUUGCAAGGGAUUUAGAGUAUGUUGAGAUCUCGUAAACCAGGCGCAUAUGAAGAGGCCUUAAUUCAUUUGAAACAAGUUCAUAAUGCUAAUUGUCAUCACCUUGUUAUUAAUCAUAAGCUGAAGUUAACAAUCCUUACUAAUUAUAAAUUAUGCUUAUUUCUUAUGAAGAUCCUUUUAACUGAACAAUUAUAUUUUAUUGUAAUCCCUAAGGUUUGGGACGUGCGUGCCGAUCAGGUAGUCCGUUCAAUCAAUGGCCCAUACAUUUGUGGUGAAGGAAUUGAUAUCUGGGAGGAUUCAGUUUUGACGGCAUCUUGGGUGGCACAUGAUUCUCUACAGGUACACUUUAGACUUACAGCUAAAUUCUGUUUUGUUUGGGUCAUCAGUGAGGAAGGAAAGCAGGCAUUCUUUUUCUCACAACUUCAUCACUGGUUUUCACAAUUUAGUCAUAUCUACCUCUGUUCUUCAUUCUUACACUAGGUCUUGGUAGUAAUUGUCUGUGCACAUAUGUACUCGGCCCAGCGGGAAGUCUGUCUAUCAAACAUAUAAAAGGUUGAGGAAAAGGGCACGAGAUUGUGAAGAUCACACAGACUUUUCAUCGAGUGUUAACAAAAAGAUCAAUCUGAAAGUCAGGUUAAAAGAUUUUCAUAUAAGCAUCCCCAAGGAAGAGUGGUAUGUGUCCCUACUUAUAUCAAGUGAAUGAAGAAAUUCCCCAAACUAAAAAGAACCAAACAUAGUCCUGACAAUAAAUUGUCAUUUUCACUGGCUAUAAUCUGUUUAGUUUUUUAUCUUUUAUCAAUGCUAUUCAUUCAUUCAUUCAUUCAUUCAUUCAUUCAUUUAUUCAGUCAGUAUUUAUUUAUUCAUCCAUUCAUUUUGUCUAAUAGUAGUAAUAACAGAUUCUUUUGCAUUGUAGGUUUGGGACUUUGGGAGUGGUCAGCUGAUGGAAGUCAUUCCAUUUCCCAGUGAUCACCAUGGUGAAUUUCUUUACGUGGGCCGCUUUUGUGGCUCUGGUGACCUCAUAGCUGCUGGAGGAAGUGGAACAAAUGAUCUUAAGAUCAUCGACAGAACCAAGCGUGAGGUGAGAAAAACAUCCAACUGUAUGAAAGGAGGGGAAGGAAAACUAUAUUCAAGGAGCUCUGGCAUUGUACUUGAGUCAUAGUUUUAUUUUAUUCUAUUUUCGUUUCAUUAACUUUUCUAUAAGUAGUGCAAGAAAUAAGCUUACUUAAGACUAAGAUUUUACUUUUGCCACAGAAGUUUACAAUAAAUGAUAAAGUACUAAAGUUAAGAACACUAGUAUUAAGUAAGUUUGGCACAGAAAAAAACCGUAACCCUAUGUUAUGUGCGCAAUAAUAAAACUGAAGAAAACGUCCAAGUAUUAAUUUGAUUAGCCUGCGUAGCUGGCGUUUCUUGGUGUGUUUUUUCUGAUGUGGUUCGUAAAGUAAGAGAUUCAGCUGCGCAAAAGCUGAAACCGAGGACGAAAUAGAAAACGAUGGGGUAGGGGGCGAGGGGAGGAGGUUGUGCAAAUAACCUUCACUUCUCCUCGCCUCCUCCUCAAUAGUUUUCUGUUUCGACAUCGGUUCAGCUUUUGCGCGGCUGAAACUUUGCUAACUGCAUAAAAAAACACACAAUAAAACACCGCCAGCUACGCAUGCUAUAGUGUGGUAAAAAAGAAAACACCGGAAAGAAAUGGCAAACUGCAAACUGCAAACUGCAAACUGCAACACUGUUUCGUCCCUUUGAAUUUUGUAGCUUAAAGUUUGACCGGUUUCAAACUUUGCGCAACAACAUGCGACAGGAUGUGCGAACGGACGCAACAGGUAACAUUCAACAAUGUUGGGAGUUGUUGGCCAACAAUGUCGCAUCUAUUUGCACGUAGCCUUAGGAUGUAAGAGAAUAGCGCGGAUUACAAACAACAAACUUGAAAAAAUUGGGUUCACGCAAGGCCAUUUGAUGUACAGAAGGUGCGAUUUCAAGAAAAGAAUUUCAUCAUAAAGUGAAAAUUAAUUAAGUUUGCAAAGGAAAGUCUUAUUUUUUGAUUUGCAUUUUUUGGCAGGUAGUUUCCAGUGUAGAAGAUGAAGGCAAACCCAUCCAAGCGCUAGAUGUAUCACGUAACGGCAAUCAGUUGGUUAUUGGCAGCACAGGGAACUGUGUACAGAUCGUUACUCUUACAUGA